UAAAAAUCCGACAUUCACUCACAUAUUUUUCUUACAUCAUCUCCUGUCAUGUCCACAUAUCUCUUUUUUUUUCUCUCCCUUCCUUAAUUUCAUCGCCAUUUUCCUUUGCUUUUGAAGCUUAGCUUCCCCUUCUUCAAAAAAUAUCACCACCCUUAACCAAGAACCGGUCAAACUUAUUACAAACAUGCAACCAUUCAAUAAUUAAAACCAAUCUUUAUCUUAUUUUUUAAAGUCAAACAUCUUAAAUUUAGCUUAAAGAUUGAUAAUCUUUAUAGAUAUUAAAGAUUCAAUUCAAAGGGGUGAUUAUGGACUCUGAUUUUUGGACUUCUCGUCUUGCAGCUGCUAAAAGACAUUAUAGUUUGCAGCAGCAGCAUCAACAGAGCUCCCAGUUAGAUCGGUUCAGCAUCGAUGAUUUUGAGGUAGAAGAUGAGGUCAGACCGGAUUUUCCAUGUCCUUAUUGUUAUGAGGAUUUUGAUAUUACUUCUUUAUGCUCCCAUCUUGAAGAUGAACACUCUUGUGAAUCUAGAGUUACUGUUUGUCCUAUAUGCUCCGUUAAAGUGACGAGGGACAUGCUAAGUCAUAUAACUCUGCAACAUGGACACUUGUUCAAGUUGCAGAGACGUCGCAGAUUACGCAGAGUUGCAGUUCCAAACAGUCAAGCAUUGUCUCUCCUUGGACGAGAUCUAAGGGAGGCGCAUCUGCAAAUGCUGUUAGGGGGUGGUGGAUAUAGGCCAAACAAUGCUAAUAAUGUGUCUAAUGCAGCUACUGACCCAUUUCUUUCAUCACUUAUUUUGAAUUUCCCUGCAUCUGAAGCUGAAGAGAUUUCAAAAUCUGUGGCAACAAGCGUGGAAGAUACUCCUGCAAAAAGUGCAGCACCGACAAAUAUGUGGAAAUCAAGUUUUGACUCUUCUUUGAGCUAUGAAGAAAGGGAGGAAAGGAUGAAGCAGGCUGCCGGAAGAGCUGGUUUCGUGCAGGAUCUGCUUCUUUCGUCUCUGUUACGAGAGUGACUAGCAGAAACUCCAUUUAUAAAAAAAUAUUCAUAAGAGGUAUCAUUUGGUGCGAGUUUUAAUUGUUUUUUCACUACUUAACAACACCAAUGCAUACCUUAUUUAUAUAUAUGGAAGCAAUUCCAUCAAUGCUGGAUGAUACAUAGAUAGAUAGAUAUUAUCGCAUCAUUUUAGUUCCAUCUCGACAAAACAUGUAAUACCUCCUGCAGAAUUUGUUCAAGACUUUUACUUUAUGAAAACUUGGCUAUGUUGCAAGAUA